UCUGCACUAAUUUUGAGUUUCUCUCUGGAUUUUUAUCCCAGCUCCAUUCAUGACAUUUCUUUUCUUCAAUAGAGAGUAAUUGUGAAAAACAUCCUAUAAGCUAUAAACAGAUCAAAGAAGAAGAGAAUUAGUUUGGUUGAUCAAUGGAGUCGGAGAACGUACAAAAUCAAGAAUCUCUCGUGGCUUUCCUAGAAACACAGCAACCACUUCUGGAAAAUGCACCAGUUUUACCCCUCAUAAACCCCAAAACUCCUGCACAUAAGGCCAUGAGAAAGACCUUCAAAAUGUCAGCACAUUUGGCCAAUCUUCUCCCCACGGGAACAGUCCUCUCGUUCCAAUUCAUGUCACCAAUAUUCACACAACAAGGCCAGUGCCACACCAUCACAAGCCAGGUCAGGACUCUAUGCCUCCUUGGAGGCUGUUGCUUCUCGUGCUUUAUCUUGUGCUUCACCGACAGUUUCAGGGAUGCGAGAGGCAAAGUUCGAUAUGGUUUGGCAACAUCUCAAGGCUUGUGGGUGAUUGAUGGGUUAGUGACACUCGGACCCGAGGAGGCUGAGAAGUACAGGCUAAGGUUUAUUGAUUUUUUCCAUGCAUUCUUGUCGAUACUGGUUUUUGCAGCAGUGGCAUUGUUUGAUAAAAACAUUGUUAACUGCUUCUAUCCGGCACCGUCUGAGGAGUUUAAGGAACUUCUUGUCGCAUUGCCUAUUGGGAUUGGCUUGGUUUGCAGUUUGUUGUUCAUUGCAUUCCCCAGCAAGCGUCAUGGAAUCGGAUUCCCUCUCUCUCGCGAAUAAUUAAUCUCUCUUCAUCUUGCUUCUUUUUUAUCUUUCCUUUCGGC